AUGGGUCAGGAUUGGGUUGGAGUUAGAAUGGGUGAGACCACCCAUCAGCAUAAAUCCCUAAAACAUCAGAUGCAUCUCUUGACAAUGUUUGAAACUUUCCAGCCAACAAUUGAAUUCCACCCUUGCCAGGAUCAGCGUUCGGAUCGAGUGGCCAUGGAGCAUCAGCAUUUGCUGCUCUUGUUGGAGCGGGCAGCUCUCAACAGCAUUUCGGCACCGAACAAAGGUGCUGCUGCUUUCCUGAGAAGGUUGGGCCACCUGGCUCAGCAGGAUCGCUCCAUUGACCGUUCCAGUUGGGUCUCUGAGGGCCCGCGCUGCGGACCCCAAACUCCAGAGAAGCGGCAGAGUUUGUUGGAGGAUUUGAGUGAUCUCGGCGACGAGGUCCCAGACGCUUCAGAGGUGGACGCCGAUGCCAAUCAGUGA